CUUCAUCUCAUUUGUAAUAAUACUACAGAUUUUUAUUUCUUUAUGGAAAACAAACAAACAAAGCAUACAGACACGAAAACAGAAACUCAAUAUCAUCAUAUAUAUAUAUAGGAUCCCAUCUCCUCUUCUCUAAGGAUUUAAGAAAUAUUGUUAACCUUUCUCUCUGAAAAUGCCGAUUGUGACGGAUUAUUUUGAUGGCGACGGCAGAAAGAACAAUUCCACAGUGGGAUUUGGUUGCUUGUCGUCGUCGUCUUCUUCAUCUUCGAUCGGUAAGGACAGCGACGACGAUGAAGGUGGGGAUAAUGAAGCUGAGUCUCCGUACAAGGGCCCUCUUGAUAUGAUGGAAUCUCUCGAAGAAGUUUUACCAAUCAGGAGAGGGAUAUCAAAGUUUUACAACGGAAAGUCGAAGUCUUUCAAGAACUUAAUGGACUUUGAAUCCUCACCGAUGAAAGAUUUGGGAAGACCAGAGAAUCAUUACAGUCGCCGCCGUAUAAACCUUCUCAGUCACCGGAUUUGUAAUCACGGUGGGAUCUCGAAGAAACCUGUCAAGACCACAUUCACGGCAGUUUCUCCUUCCUUUGGCGAUGAUUCGUCUUCAACCUCUUCUCUUCCAAGGAGUAUCCCGCCGUUGUAUCCAAAGCAGAGCAAAGACUCUCUUGGGAAUUGCGUUCCCGUUGUUGUUUCGCCACGGUGCUUCAAAUCGCCGGCGGGGAGGAACAUCCAUAAUGUUAUUUGUUAAAAUAUCUUAUAUCGAUUUUUGUCAGAGUUUAUUGAUGUCUUUGAGUCUUUGACCUGAGCUUAGUUAUAAUUAUGAAGAAAUAUCUUAUAAAAUUGAAUUGAUCACCUCUCCCUAUUAAGUUUCCCAAUCUAUUCUAGUCAUUUUUUCAUAUUUAGAUUGGGAAAUUUGCCUAAAUUAAUAACAA